CGCCUUCCCCCAUCCCAACCACCCAGCCGCCCGACAGGCCCUCCUCUACUACAACGCCGGCCAGGCACCCAGGAUCGCUCAAAAGCCGCUGUAUUCCCGCCGUCCAAGACGCACCCUCUCGCCUCUCGCUCUUUACUCGAUUCAAUCCUUGGCCAUGUCGGACUGGUCUACUGAUUCCUGGAGAUCCAAGAACGUCCAUCAGGACGUUAUCUACGAAAACCAGCCCGAGCUUGACUCGGUCCUCCAGAAGCUGGGUCGCCUCCCUCCGCUGGUGGCCGCCGAGGAGAUCUCCAAGCUCAAGCACCAGCUCGCGGAAGUUGCUGCCGGCAAGAGCUUCCUGCUGCAGGGCGGCGACUGCGCCGAGUUGUUCGACUAUUGUGCCAAGGACCCAAUCGAGAACAAACUCAAGGUCCUUUUGCAAAUGUCGCUCAUCCUGACUUGGGGUGGGCGCACGCCCGUGGUUCGCAUCGCCCGCAUGGCGGGACAGUACGCAAAGCCCCGAUCGAAGCCGAUGGAGGUCAUUGACGGCGUCGAGUACCACGCCUUCCGUGGAGACAACGUCAACGGCAUCGAUCUUUCCGAUCGCAAGCCCGAUCCCCAGCGUCUCCUGGGUGCCUACUUCCACUCCGCAGCCACGGUCAAUUAUGUGCGCUCGCUCUUGUCCAACGGCUUUGCUGAUCUCCAUCACCCUGACAACUGGAACCUCGACAACUGGAACCUGGAGCAUGUCGUCUGCCCCCGUGUCCGCCAAGAGUACCAGUACAUUCUCGACCGCCUGAGCGAUACGAUCGAGUUCAUGAAGGUCACGGGUGCUGAUAACACGUCGGUGCAGUCCUUCAACACUGUCGACAUGUUCAUGUCCCACGAAGGCCUGCUGCUCGAGUACGAAUCCAGACUCACGCGAGAGGCCAAGGACGGCAAGCACUACAAUCUCGGCACCCACUUCUUGUGGAUCGGCGAUCGCACCCGCCAGCUUGACGGCGGUCAUAUCGAAUACUUCAGAGGAAUCGAGAACCCCAUCGGCAUCAAGUGCGGUCCUUCGCUUCAACCGGAUGAACUCGUGGCCCUGCUGGAUGCCCUCAACCCCACCUACGAGGCUGGAAAAAUCACUCUGAUUACCCGCUAUGGCCAUGAAAAGAUCGCCGACUAUCUCCCCAGCCACAUCCAAGCCGUCCAGAAAACCCCGCACUGGGGCAAGGUGGUCUGGUGCUGCGAUCCCAUGCACGGCAACACCGAAACCGUUCAGGGCGUCAAGACUCGCCGUUUCGAUCACAUUGUCUCGGAGCUCGGCCAUGCCUUCCGACUGCACAAGGAGAACAAUUCCAGGCUGGGCGGUGUGCACUUUGAGCUCACCGGCGAUCGCGUCACCGAGGCCCUCGGUGGAUCGAUGCAACUUUCCGAAGAGGAUCUCUCCCGCAACUAUCAGACUUUCUGCGAUCCUCGGCUUAACUACGAGCAAUCCAUGGAUGUUGCCUUUUUGAUCGCCAAGUACUACCAGGAUGAGCGCAAUCCUCUGAUCCGCUUGUAGAGACCCGGCUGCGCGCGGGUGAUCGACCUGAAGCCUGACCAUCUUGCUUCCGUAUGCGGGUUGCGUGCAAGGGCUCCUGGGCCUUCGAUCGUGCAGCCCCUGCCCUUAUUUGUAGCUUUCCUUUCUCUUGUACCUCUUGCUUUGCCUGCACCCAUCGCGCUGGAUGGUGCCCUAUGCUUGAGACAUGUCCUUGAACAAA